GCCGCUGCUUGUAUUCUCACAGGGGGCUGGCUGCAGAAAGUGGGGUAGGAGUCCUGAGGGAGGGGCCUUAUCCUCACCCAGUGCACCUGUCUGGGCCGGGGCCCCUUUGACUCGCUACCCUGCUGUCGAACAAAGCUGCCUUCAGCAAUAGGGGUAACUCACUGAAGCCAGGAGGACAAAAAAGAUGCAGAACGACUGACUGUGUAGCAAAUGCCCAGGAAAGACUUGGGAGUUCAUUUUUACACUUAUCACACUCUGCUGCCAACUGGUCCUGUGAAGGGAUGGACUCCAGGGUUAAAAACGGUUCUUGGCUGUCGGGGAGAAUGGAUCCUCCACUUGGCUGCCUCACAUUCUCCUCCUCCUCCUCAUCUUCCUCGUCAACAAUGUCCUCUCCAUUGUUGUGCAAGCCAGGUAGGGUGAAGACAGCAUAACUCUUUCUUUCACUGAAUUGUGAAACCCUGUUUAAUCUUCAAACUGGCGAUGUCAAGGGUGCCAAGUCCUCCUCCUCCGGCAGAAAUGUCGAGUGGACCUGUAGCAGAAAGCUGGUGCUACACUCAGAUUAAGGUGGUAAAGUUUUCAUACAUGUGGACCAUAAACAAUUUCAGCUUCUGCCGGGAGGAAAUGGGUGAGGUCAUCAAAAGUUCAACCUUUUCAUCAGGAGCCAAUGAUAAACUGAAAUGGUGUUUGCGUGUGAACCCUAAGGGCUUGGAUGAAGAAAGUAAAGAUUACCUGUCCCUUUACCUAUUAUUGGUUAGCUGUCCAAAGAGUGAAGUUCGUGCAAAAUUCAAAUUCUCCAUCCUCAAUGCUAAAGGAGAAGAAACAAAAGCAAUGGAGAGCCAGCGAGCAUAUCGAUUUGUACAGGGCAAGGACUGGGGAUUCAAGAAGUUCAUUAGAAGAGACUUUCUCUUGGAUGAGGCCAAUGGACUUCUUCCAGAUGACAAACUCACUCUCUUCUGUGAGGUGAGUGUGGUACAGGACUCAGUCAAUAUCUCUGGCCAGAACACCAUGAACAUGGUGAAGGUACCUGAGUGCCGUUUGGCGGAUGAGUUAGGAGGACUCUGGGAGAAUUCUCGCUUCACAGACUGCUGUCUGUGUGUUGCAGGCCAGGAGUUCCAGGCUCACAAAGCCAUACUGGCAGCACGUUCGCCGGUUUUCAGUGCCAUGUUUGAACAUGAGAUGGAAGAAAGUAAAAAGAAUCGGGUUGAAAUCAAUGAUGUGGAACCUGAAGUUUUUAAGGAAAUGAUGUGCUUUAUUUACACGGGGAAGGCACCAAACCUCGAUAAAAUGGCUGACGAUUUGCUGGCAGCUGCUGACAAGUAUGCUCUGGAACGCUUGAAGGUAAUGUGCGAGGAUGCACUGUGCAGUAACCUGUCAGUGGAAAACGCUGCUGAGAUUCUCAUCCUGGCUGAUCUACACAGUGCUGAUCAGCUAAAAACUCAAGCUGUGGACUUCAUUAACUAUCAUGCUUCUGAUGUCAUGGAGACCUCAGGAUGGAAGUCCAUGGUGGUAUCGCAUCCCCAUUUGGUGGCUGAGGCAUAUCGCUCUUUGGCCUCUGCACAGUGUCCCUUCCUGGGACCACCACGUAAGCGACUGAAGCAAUCCUAAGGCCGUGCCUGUUACACGACCCCAUGUUUUUCUGGAAGCAGCAGCAGCCAUUGCUGCUCUGACCUUGACCACCAAGUAGACAGCGCAAUCUGAGGAGCUUUUACUCUGUUGCGGGGGGAAAGACUGCUUCGUGACACCCAGACUUUUUAAAACAGCACCAAGUACCUUGGGGAGAGGGGGGAGGGUGGGCCUGGGGCUCAGGGGCUGUUCAACCUAACGAAUCCCUGUCGCUGCAUCGUCUGUGUGUUCCCUUCGACUUGGCUAAGUCAAUAACUACGGGGUUCUGUUUAAGCACCGGCCCACUCAGACUAUCCCAGUAGUGGUACUGGCGGGAAAUAAUGUCUCUGUGUCUGACAGCACAGAACAAAUCGUCAGACACCUGGAGCAAAGAAGACAUUUUAGUUUUGGAGAGAGUAGGAAAAGAAGAGAAUUUCCAAUGAGGUUCCGAAGAGGAAGUACGUGGUGGGAGCUCCAGUAGUAUUUAUAUAAAAGAAUUUAAGUCCUUCCAGCUGUGCUAAAAACAGGACAUUUGUGUAACUCCUUAAUGCCAUUCAGCAACAAGAAGAUCAGUUUCUCUGUUAGUAGCACUUGUAUGUUGAUUGCAAAAAAAAAAAAAAAAACUUUUUACUAAAUGACAAGUUGAAGUGAAA